AUGGCAGACUCCGGUUCCAAGCCGCAGGCAAGCAUGCUGUGGGGUGGCCGUUUCACUGGUGGCCUCGACCCUCUGAUGGUGUCUUACAAUGAGUCCAUCUACUUUGACCGCGCCAUAUAUGCCCAGGACAUCAAGGGCAGCAUAGCCUACGCGCGUGCCAAUGCGAAGAUCGGAAUCCUAACGCAGCAAGAAUUCGAGGCCAUCGAAAAAGGCUUCGCCCAAGUCCUGUCGGAAUGGAAGAACGACAAAUUCGAAAUCAAGCCCGGCGUGGACGAGGACAUCCACACCGCCAACGAACGUCGCCUCGGCGAGAUAAUCGGCACGAACAUUGCGGGUAAAUUGCACACAGGUCGGAGCCGGAACGAUCAGGUCGCAACUGGUAUGCGUCUCUGGCUGCGUGAUCAGCUACGGGAGAUCGAGCAGCACCUGGUGGGUCUGUUGCGCGUGACGACCUCGCGGGCUGCCAGCGAGAUCUCUGCGCUCAUGCCCGGCUACACACAUCUUCAACGCGCCCAGCCAAUCCGCUGGUCGCACUGGCUACUCAGCUACGGCAGCGUCUUCACCUCGGACCUCGAGCGCCUGCGGGAGGUUGUCAAGCGCGUCAACCGCUCGCCGCUCGGCGCCGGUGCCUUAGUAGGCAACCCCUUUGGCAUCGAUCGCGAGGCCAUGGCCAAAGAACUCGGCUUCGAGGGCAUCAUCAACAACUCCAUGGCGGCUGUCGCGGACCGGGAUUUCGUGGUGGAAACGCUCCAGUGGGCGUCGACGCUGAUGCAACACAUCUCCCGCUGGGCCGAAGAUCUGAUCAUCUACUCGACUGCCGAGUUCGGCUUCGUGAGACUGGCGGAUGCAUAUUCCACGGGCAGUUCGCUCAUGCCACAGAAGAAGAACCCAGACUCAUUGGAGCUCCUGCGAGGAAAGAGCGGGCGAGUGUUCGGAUACAUGGCCGGGCUGAUGAUGUCCGUCAAGGGCCUUCCGUCAACAUACAACAAAGACUUGCAGGAAUCGUUUGAGCCCAUGCUCCAAGGCGUCAAGACGACUGCAGAUUCCAUCCAAAUCGCCACGGGUGUGCUGUCGACUCUGACGAUCUUCCCUGAAAAGAUGAAGGCUGCGCUCACCCCGGACAUGUUGGCAACUGACUUGGCAGAUUAUCUCGUCCGCAAGGGCGUUCCAUUCCGCGAGACACACCAUAUCUCGGGACGAGUUGUGGCACUAGCUGAGAAGGAGGGCGUCCCUAUGGACAGACUGAGUCUGCAGCAGCUGCAGGGGGUGGACAAGCGCUUCGGCGACGACGUCAUGCAGGCCUUCAACUAUGAGAGUAGUGUGGAGAAGCGCACCGUAUUGGGUGGGACAAGCAAGAGGAGUGUCGAAGAGCAGAUUGAGCGGAUUCAGGAGUUGCUCGAGUAA